GAUCUGAAAAUGUUUUCCCUGAAAUCUAUGCUUCUCUAUGGCAUUCUGCUGUUGAUGGUUUUGAUGUGCUUUAUUGACUUUGUAGUCAUCAGUGAUGAAAACACUUCAGGAAAGUCAACGAAUGCAAAAACAAAGAAACUGCAGAUUGGUGUAAAAAAGAGACCGGAAGUUUGUGAUAAAAAAUCAAAGAAGGGUGAUGUGCUUCACAUGCAUUACAAGGGUACACUAGAAGAUGGUACAGAGUUUGACACUAGCUACAAAAGAGGCGAGCCACUGUCGUUUACUUUAGGAUCUGGUCAAGUGAUUAGAGGUUGGGACCAAGGAUUGCUAGGCAUGUGUGAAGGAGAGAAAAGGAAAUUGGUUAUCCCACCUGAUCUCGGUUAUGGAUCAGCCGGAGCUCCACCCACUAUACCAGGUGAUGCUGUCUUAACAUUUGAAGUGGAGCUAGUCAAGAUAGAAAGAAAGUCAGAACUUUAGCAACAAAAUUAUAUUUAUAAUAUUUUCUAUAUUUCCCAGUCACAUUCCAUCUAAAUCUUCCUAAUUGAACAGAAUAGAAAUUCAGAAACAUAAUACAGAAUUUUUUCUUUACAGAAAGCUCUUCAAUAUUAUGCAAAUAUUAUUUUUAUAUCUUAUACAAUAUUCUUUGUAUAAUGAUACAAAAAUAAUAAAAAGUUAAUUGUUUCUCUUUCACAAAUCCAAAGAAAGAGAAAUUUCUAUUCUAUUACAUAUUAUACUGGAAUAAUACUUUAAGAUGACCAUAUCUACUCCUUUUUUAAAAAUGUAUCUAUUAUAUAUGGAGUGUCUGGAUUGAGACUGAUAUGUUUGAAAUUGCUGUCAAAAUUCAGUGUGUAAAGGUAAGUGCAUUGCAUGAGAAAGUGUAACUGUGUAAAUUUUCUCUAGAAUCAAUUGAGAUAUGCCAAAACAAGUAGUUAUGGUGCUACAGUUUCUAUUGUCAAAAUGGCACAAACUGUAUUGUAGUAAGCUGAAACAAAUUCUAUUGUCCAAGUGCAGCAAAACUUCUGUUUCGAAAGGAUCAUCUAUCCUCAUCAAGGAUGAAAGGAAUGGUAUCUGUAUACAGGAAUUAUGUUGGAAAGUUAGAGAUGGGGAACCGUGAUUAUCAGAUGAGAAUGUGGAGGUGAUCAGGAAAGCUUUCCAACUAUGCCAAUGGAAGUCCAUUUGUCAGGCAGCUAGGCAACUUGGAAUUCCCCAAUUAACCUUACUUUUAUUGUAGUUCUUAUGAGAGUAGGCUGAAGAGUAAUGCACACAUGCUUGUAGAACAUGAACAAAAACAAAUAUCAAGAUCAAGCAAAAAGUACAUUGAAGUACAAUUCUUAUGCUUCAAAAUCAUUAUAUUUAUUUUUCAACAUAGUCACCGUUCAAGAUUAAACACAUUUCUCUCAACAUGUAACAAGUUUUUUCAUUCCGUCACUGAAAAAUUCUUUUGAUUCUUCUCAAAUCCAGGUCUUGACAGCUGCCUUUACCUCAUCGUCCGAGGUGUAAUGAUUACCCUUCAGGUCUCUCUUGAGUAGUGGAAAAAAAAAAAAAUCGCAAGGCACAAGAUCGGGGGAAUAAGGAGGGCAUGGAAUCAGUUCAAACUUCAGAUUUCGCAGAGCCU